CAGCGACUCUGCUCCUCUCUCUGCUGCGCAAUUCGUCCUGCAAAACUGUGUAGUUGUCCCUCUUGUUCCUCGGAGGCACCAUGGUUUCCCAUAAAGAGUUUCAAACUGCAGGGAAGGAGCCGGGGCUCCAGGUGUGGCGAAUUGAGAGCAUGGACCUCAAACCGGUUCCCAAGGCGCUGCACGGCUGCUUUUACAGCGGGGACGCUUACCUGCUGCUCUUCACCACCGCCGCCCCGUCCUACAACAUACACAUGUGGCUCGGGGACGAAUGCUCACAGGACGAGAGCGGAGCGGCUGCCAUCUUCGCCACGCAGCUGGACGACUUCCUGGGCGGCGGGCCGCUGCAGUUCAGGGAGGUGCAGAACAACGAAUCCAACACCUUUCUGGGCUACUUCAAGUCAGGCCUCAAGUACCAGAAAGGGGGCGUGGCCUCGGGCUUCCAGCAUGUGGUGACCAAUGACAUGAAUGUGAAGCGGCUGCUUCACGUCAAGGGUCGCAGGGUCAUCAGAGCCACAGAGGUGGACAUGUCCUGGUCCAGCUUCAACAAGGGGGACUGCUUCAUCAUCGACUUAGGAAAGGAUGUGUAUCAGUGGUGUGGCAGUGAGUGUAAUCGCUUCGAGCGGCUGAAGGCCUCUCAAGUGGCGAUUGACAUCAGAGAUAACGAGAGAAACGGCAGAGCGAAGGUGCACAUGGUGGAGGAGGCGGAGGAGCCGGAUAAUGUUGUACAGCAGGCUCUGGGGCCCCGGACCACCAUCGCCCCCAGCACUCCCGAUGAUGAUAAGGUGGACCAUUCCAACCGGAAGAAGGGUGCUCUCUACAUGAUCUCCGAUGCUUCUGGUUCCAUGAAGGUGACGUCCGUGGCGGCGUCCAGUCCCUUCAAGCAGGCCAUGCUGUCUCCUGAGGAGUGCUACAUCCUGGACAACGGCGUGGACAGAAACAUCUUCGUAUGGAAAGGGCCCAAGGCCAAUACGAUGGAGCGUAAAGCGUCCAUGUCUGCAGGGCAGCAGUUCAUCAAAGACAAGGGGUACAGCAAUAAAACACAGAUCCAAGUGCUUCCUGCAGGAGGCGAGACGAUUCUCUUCAAGCAGUUCUUCAGCGACUGGAAGGACAAGGAUCAGACCACGGGCCCCGGUAAGGCCUACGCCAUCGGCCGCAUCGCCAAGGUGAAGCAGGUGCCCUUCGACGCCUCCACUCUGCACUCCAACAAAGCCAUGGCAGCCCAGCACGGCAUGGUGGACGAUGGCAAGGGCAAGGUCCAGAUCUGGCGUGUGGAGAACGGCGACAGGGUCCCCGUGGAUGCUGCCGCCCACGGCCACUUCUACGGUGGAGACUGCUACCUCAUCCUGUACAGCUACAGACUGGGAGGCCGGGAGCAGCACAUCAUAUACACCUGGCAGGGACUGAAGUGCACACAAGACGAACUGGCGGGCUCAGCGUUCCUCACCGUCAAGCUGGAUGACUCCAUGGGAGGAGCUCCGGUUCAGGUGAGAGUGACUCAGGGUCAAGAACCUGCACACCUGAUGACCCUCUUCCAGGGCAAGCCCAUGAUCAUCCUGAGCGGAGGAACCUCACGCAAGGGUGGACAGUCGCAGGCCGGCGGCACUCGUCUCUUCCACAUCCGGCAGAGCUCCUCCGGUGCCACCCGGGCUGUGGAGGUGGAACCCAGUGCCUCCAAUCUGAACACCAAUGAUGUGUUUGUGCUGAAGAGCCCCAGCGGUCUGUUUGUGUGGCGGGGCGACGGCAGCACCGAGGAGGAGGUGAAGGCGGCCAACGGGGUGGUGGGCUUCUUGGGUGGGAGCGCGAGCCAAGUGUCGGAGACCAAGGAGCCAGGGGAUUUCUGGUCUGCCCUGGGUGGCAAAAAGGAGUACCAGACCUCAAAGAGUCUACGCAGCACCGUCAGAGCCCCACGUCUGUUUGGCUGCUCCAACAAAACAGGAAGACUCACUGUGGAAGAGGUACCAGGAGACUUCACGCAGUCAGAUCUGGCCACCGAUGACGUCAUGCUCCUGGAUACCUGGGACCAGCUCUUCAUUUGGGUUGGCAAUGACGCUAAUGGAGAGGAAAGGAGCGGAGCUCCAAAAAUAGCAAAAGAAUACGUGGACUCUGACCCGUCUGGCCGCAAAGGGAUUCCCAUCGUCACCAUCAAACAGGGGGCCGAGCCUCCAACUUUCACUGGCUGGUUCCAGGCUUGGGAUCUGAAGAUGUGGGAGACGGAUCCAUUGGAAAGAAUCCGCGCCCGUUUCUGAAUACAAGACCCCGGGCUUCUCCUCCCGUUAUGACUGUUUACGUGUUCUGCACCCUCUAUUGCCGUAGUAUUUUGUUGUUUUUAUGCUGUAAUGCUGUACCUUAAUUCCAGUCCCGAAGUGCCAGUACCACUGUUCUCUCAGUUAUGUGCACGGAUUCGCCAGGAUGCCUUAACUAUGGUGCAAUUAGAUCAACUUCUUGAACAGGAAUGAGUCACAUCAGUGUGCAAAUGAUGACUUUAAUGAGUAAAAGUAGUUGUUUUUUUAAACUGAUCUUCUGCAUCCAACACUUGUUGCCUUCACAUCAGGAUUGUACCAACUCAAGAUGUCCUUUAAAAGCAAGAUUUCCUUAUGUUUCUGUCUCUUAUUGUAGCAUACUUGUGUUCAAGAGAAUAUUUUUUUUCUUAAUGCACUAAAACACCCCAAAAAAAGAUCUCUACUUGUUUACCCUACAUGUCUGUAUGCAUCAUUAUGUCCUCGCUACUGGAAGAUUGUACACAACUCUUUCCAGACCUUGCAAGCUGCACUUUUAUCAUAUUCUGUAUUUUGACUUUUAAAGAAACAGUGUUUUGUGAACAGUGCUUGGAUCUGCUCCUUUUUAGGUGACCCUUGACAUGCUGGGGUUCAUGAACUGUUCAGAUGGUUAAGAGUAGCAGAAUAAAAGCAAAAUGUGUACCGCGCUAUGA